UGUUAACAAGGAGUAUGAUAAUCAAAUCGCAGUAUCUCUUGCUUUCCUCUACAUUCUUUACUAUGCUCUGACAGGUAUAUCUAGAAGGGUCAGCCUAGACAGUUAUACCUUGAAGGGUCAGAGUAGACAGUUUUUAGAAGAGAGUUAUACUGGUCGUGGGUUAGCUUAUCAUACUUGUAAAGUUUCAGGCCUACCAAGUGGAUGGGAUUUGCCUUUGUUUCUGUUGUUUUAGUUUACUAUCUAAUCAGAGAGACUCCCAGUGAUACAUUAUCUGAAGAUGCUUCUACUCCUGGUGCAAGAUAUUUACCAGCUAAACCUAGGGUCUGGAUAUCUAUGGGUAUAUGCUGGGGUCAAAAUGCUCAAGUUCAUGGAAAAAAAGAAUUUCCAUACAAAGAAGCGGCUCUCAGGUCUGUGUCUUUGUGGUCCAAGCUUACAGAAGCUCAGCCUAUACUUCAGAUCUCCUAUACAGAAUCCAUAUCCCCAGAACUUCUGGAUUACAAAAAAGGUCUAGAGGUGAAUGGAGCUUUCGUUUACUUCAACAAAACAAAUGAUCUACCAUGUGUACUCUCCUCCCAACUUACUAGGAUGUUAGCAUACAAGCUUGAUAUUGUAUCACCUAAUGAUAUCAUAAUAACCGCUGAUGUUGAUGCAUUUGUUGGAACCCCUCAUAUACUGGAUCCCCUAAACCAG